AUGCCAGCAGCUGCCUUCGCACACCUCCCAGACCCUCUCAUCCCCCUCGACCAACACACCACUACCAAGAUGAUGACCCACGAGGCCGCCGCCAGUGCGCCGUACACGCGACGACCACCGAGCCCGCCGAUGAUCCCAGUCCCUGUCUUCACGCAACCACAGGCUCCUGGAGCCCCUCGCGGCAUCUCCAUGUUCCCCUCCUUCGACAAUGUCGACUGCAGCCAGCUCUCUAUCCAAGAUGUCAAAGCCAUCGUCGGAACGCAGCCAUACAUUGCUCUUGGCUCGGCUGAUGGGUGGAGAUACGAGCAGCGGCGUAAGGCGCAACGCAUUCUCGACUUCAUGUACCUCGGCCCGAUCAAUGCAAUUCGAGACUUCGACUUUCUCAGAACAGAAGGCAUCACUAUGGUCAUGGUCAUCCGAGAUUCGCGCAUGACAUCGCGCAUCUCGAGCCUUGACAGAGCUAGGGAGGAGUUGAACGUUGCCUCGCAGUACGUCGGCGUGGGCUCCCAACAACAUCUGAUCCAGGAGCUACCUGACCUAAUUCGUCACAUGAAUGAACAUCUCCUUAAAAUGCGUCAGAUUUCUCCCAAGUCAGGCAGAGUUCUAGUUGCAUGCGAGACCGGCAAUGAUAGGUCCGCCAUUGUUGUUGCAGCAUACAUUAUGGCGGUCUUUGGCAAAAGCCUGCGAGACGCUCUUCAGUUCAUCAACAUGCAGCGUUUCUGCUGCAUCUUCGAUGAGGAUGCGAAGCGUUUGCUCCUGGCUUGGGAAGACAUCAUCAAGGCGCGAGGGGCCAUUGCCAGAAGCCAAUCUGAUCAAUUCACGGCCAGCAUCCACUCAAAGCGCCGGAUCGAAGAGUCUGACGAAACUGAUUUCGACAGCGGCUGUCAUCUAAGUGACCGCGUAAACGACCUUCAGAUAGGGGGCCGGCGAGCCUUUGAGCCGUUUGUGGACCGCGAGAUGUCCUAG